AUGCCGGUAGGAGGGACGCCUGGACUGCCGGCCAGCGCACCACAAGGCGCCCAGUACCCAGUUUUGGUAUUACCACUCUUUGCUGCAUACUCUCAUGGGUGGAAUGUCCAGCCACAAGCAGCGGCACCAGUGGUGGUACCAGCAGAACAACCUUACACUGGCCAGGAGCAGGCGCACACCCCCGAGACAUCUGUCAAGCUGAGAAGCAACGCCUGCCAGAGAUGCUACAAGGCACAUCACAGGUGUGGUCGAAAGUUGCCAGUAUGUGGAAAAUUCGCUCAGUCUCGGAGCCCGUGCGACGACCCAAAGCCUUCAGAAGACCGGAAGCAGCUUCAGAGGGUGGAAAGAAAGCACACCUCUACCAGUGAUUCCGUCGCAAGUGCGCUGAAACAGCCUAUGAAUGAAUCAGAUCGUGGCAACAGUGAAAAUGUUUGUGGACCGGACUCCGAGAGCGAGAUUCCGGUUGAGAUGAGAGACUUCGAGCGCGAAACACUCGAACAUGAAAGCCCUGGCGAAGACAUUAACCGCGAAGACCUUCAAGUUCCUCAAAUCAAUAUAUGCGAUGUUUCGAUGUCCGAUGAAUGGGCCAAGACUCAGCAAGAGGAGACCCCCGGCAACAUACCGGCCGCUACUGGCGCAGCACUAUCAGCGCUGUGCGAAGUCAUUGGCAUUAGCAGCGAGGAUGCUACGGAACCUCCCUGCCAUUGAUAGGACAAAUUCGCUGUGCCCGGAGGCAAGCUUUGGUGAACUUACUUCCAUAUAUUACACUAAAUUUUCCACCUCUAAAAUAACACCAGCAAACUUAGGCAAGAGUUCUGUCCCGGCCGACCCAGCUUCAAAAACCCGGUGUUUGAACCUGUCCUGCAGGCCAAUGUCAC